CUCCAACUACUACUACCGGCUGCGGAGAGAAAGAGGCGGAGUGGCGGCGGCGGCAGGAGGAGGCGAGGAGAGAGAGGAGGCCGCGCCGCCGGGUGGUGUGGUCGCCAUAGCGACGCCAGGAGGGAGACGGGCCUGUCCAGCGCGCCUAGUAGGCCCGGGCGCGCGGGGGGGCGGGGCGGCGCUUGGUGGCGCUUUAUUUUGUGUGGUUUUCAUGCAGACAUUCUUUCAAGGAACUCGGGGCGGGGUUCCUCAGAGCCCGCCCGUCCUUCUGGCCUCACAACAGCCUUGCAAGGGGGGCUCAGAGAGGGACUGGUGUGUGGAGGGAUCAUAGGUACGGCCGCCCCUCUCGCCUCACAACAGCCCUGUAAGGGAGGCUCAGAGAGGGACUGGCGGUGAUGUAGAUGGGGCUCGUUCCUGGGUCCACUUAGCCAAUCAGUCAGAUACAAGGAAUUGGAGUUAUUAAUUGAAGUUUAUUGCUACUGCAGUCAGCAGUAGGUAAUCAAUAGAGAAAACGCAUCAGCGGGGGGGGGGUCAUAGCUAGGGCUGCCUUUCUAGCUUCACAACAGCCCUGUAAGGUAGGCUCACAGAGGGAAUGACUCACAAGCAUGGCUGCCCUUCUGGCCUCACAACAGCCAUGCAAGAGAGGCUCAGAGAGGGACUGGCGGGGGGGGGUCAUAGCUAGGGCCGCACAAACAGCCCUGUAACACAGCCCUGUUGUGUUUCUAGCCUCACAACAGCCCUGUAAGGGAGGCUCAGAGAGGGAUUGGCCCCAAGGCCCCCCAGGGUGUGUGUCAUAGCUAGGGCCGCCUGCCUAGCCUCACAACAGCCCUGCAAGGCAGGCUCAGAGAGUGGCAGACCUAAGGGCACCCAGGGGUUAUCAUAGCUAGGGCUGCCCACCCCUGCUACCUGGGCAAAGAAGCACCUUUGACAUUAAGUGGUGGCUCUCUUUCAUUUAGCAGGGGGAGAGCAACGGCCUCUGUUUUUAGCAAGCUGCACUUGGGCUAAAGAGCAACCCAGCAUGGCUUCUUUUCCCAUUCAGUUGCCCUUUGGUGCUUCCUUCACUUUUUUUUUGUUUUUGUUUGGUGGGGAGCUGUUUUGCAGCCUCCCCCCCCACCAUUUCUUUGCUGUGUGGGCUUUUUGCUUUGCUUUGUGAAGUUUAUGAACUCUCCCAGCACCACCCCCUUCUCAGAGUACUUAGUGACUCAUUUUACCUCGAUUGUACUGUGAUGUUCAGUCCUAAUCUGCAAGGCAAAUGCAGGGCUGUCCUUAAGGCAGGGCAAGCAGGGCGACCCCUCUGAGCCCCACUACUCUUUUAACCCCCAUUAAAUUAACUGGAAGGGCCUCCCCACACCCUAGUUGAUUUGCCCCUGGCCCUGCAUCCCUCUCUAAGGACAGCCCUCGGCAAAUGCAAAUCAUAGAUGGCUAGUUCAGAUGUCACAGUAAAGUAAAGGGUAAAGUGUGCUGUCAAGUUGAUUUUGACUCCUGGCGCCCACAGAACCCUGUAGUUGUCUUUGGUAGAAUCCAGGAGGAGUUGACCAUUGCCUCCUCCCGCGCAGUGUGAGAUGAUGCCUUUCAUCAUCUCCUAUAUCACUGCUGCCCAAUAUAGGUGUUUCCCAUAGUACAGUAAAGUGCAGUCUGCUAAAAAAACCUCCAAAUGCUCAAGAGGAGGAGGAAUCUUGGGAUUCCUCCUGAACUUAUUUUUAAUACUGCCAAACCAUAGUUUGCUACAUUUAAACAGAGCUGUACCCGACUUCCAUGAAGUUCAGGGUGAUAAUUAGAGGAGCCAGCGUGGUGUAGUGGUUAGAGUGCUGGACUAGGACUGGGGAGACCCGAGUUCAAAUCCCCACUCAGCCAUGAGACUUGCUGGGUGACUAUGGGUCAGUCACUUCUCUUUCAGCCUAAGCUAGCGGGAUAUAAAAUGUAAAAAAAAAAAAGAAUAAAGAAUAAAGAAUAAAAAAUUAAUAAUUAGCUGCACAACCACACUAUGAGCUAAGUUAGUCUGAGUGAGAGAGAUCUGCUCAAUUCAGUGAGCUUGUUAGGUUAGUAGGGUUUUAAAUUUUGAGUUUCCCAAGGCCAGAUUUAUGGUGGCCAGUAUACCAUCCUGAUUAUCUGUGUGGUUAAGAUAUAAUGUAGCGUCUGCUGUUUGACUAUUUCAGUUAAUGUAUGAGGCUGCAGUCCCUAUCUGGUUACAGUUAAUAGCAAACUGUUGGUUUGAAUGGUGGUUGUUCAUAGCUGCAAUUCCACAGUCCUGCUGUUUAACUUGUGUAGCAGCUUCUUCCUCGGCGUCAUAUAAUGAAGAUGAUCUGACAGAAAACCUAGUGUGUUUCUUUUGAAAAUGUCACUUGAAAUGGAGCAAGAGGCCGCUGGAGAAAAACCUGGAGGUCCGAGAACAAGAUCACUUGACAGCAAUCAGGCUUUCAGUCUCUCUUGGUUGGAUUCCUGCAGAGAGGAGACAUUAUUGCCUGGAAGGCCAUGGCAUGAGGUUUUAAAGAGACAAAGCUGCUCUCGCUGCUGAAGUGAAGCCCCAGAUAAGGGAUUCGGAACAAAGAGAAAUGGUCUUUCAUCUUCUUGGCCGGGAUUUUGUUGAACGACAUUUCAGUGAUUGUCCUUAUCAGCCUCAUCUAUUAUCCUCCAUAGACAUGUGUGAGAUUAGCAGGAUGAAACUGGAAGAAACGACAAGAGCCUGGCUGCAAAACCAGUGCUUCAAAGCAGCAGGACGCAUUCAGUGCCAAUUCAGCUUUGAUGCCAACACCACUGCACUGGCUUCUGAGAUGGCUGGUUUUCUUGACGACGCCUACCAUGUUGUAACAGCAGAGUUGGAGUUGCUGAUGGCCACCCGUGAAGCCCAGCGCAAGAAAAAAGUUGAACAAGAGGGUGAAGCUUCCUACAAAAUGCUCCAACAGUCAAGGAACGUGAAAGAAACCUCCUCUGUGCUGAAGAGGACGAAAUCCAUUGAAAGUAAAGACAUCAGUCUAGCCUUAUGCAAGGGACCGUCUUUUCAAAUCAAUGGGAACGAGAAAGUUGCUUCCAGGCUUUGCCCUUGUGUUGCAAAAAUCUUGCUGCUACUGUCCUGUUGUCAUGAAGCCAAAAGAUAACACUGUUCUAGCUGCAAAAGUUUCUCUGAACAAAAGGCUGCUUUUGUUCUCUUUUUCUUUUUUCUAUCUCUCUUCAACUGCCGGCAGUUGGAAAAGAGGAAAGAAAAUGGAGUUUUGAAGGAAUGCAUAUGGGAAUUGCAGACAAAAGGGGAAAAAACCUAGAAGGAAAUACGUAAAAGGAUUUUGGUUGGAGGUUGUUAACAACAACAAAAAGAAAAAUGCUUGAAAUGCACCAGUAAGUUAUAAGAUUGUGAUGUGGAAAGGUAAUAUAGAAUUACAGGUUGUUUUCAUGGAUAACUGUGAUAAGUUUGUUCUGUUUAAACUACUUUCUUAACUGAGUUUAUGGCUGACAUAUUUAAAAUGCUAUAAAAUUCUUUGUGAUUAGUCCUUUGUUCUGUGAAAUACACAAGACAAGCCUCUGUGUGUGUGUGUGUGUGUGUGUGUGUGCAUGUUUCUGAGAGGGAGCCCAAAGCUCUGGUUCUGUAUAGGAAUUCAACCCACAUCAAUUUUAUAGCUCAUCUCUGUGAAGAUGAGGUUUCAGUUGUAAUUAUUCUGUUUAUUCUGUUGUAUUUGUGAAUAUAUUUAUACUAGUGACAUGUUUUCCCCCCCUUUCUGUAAACUGUUCCAGACCAAACUUGCUCUGACAUUGAAUUCCUAAAUUAGCAGUUAUUAUAUUAAUUGAACAUAAAAUUGGUCAUGAGCAACUGAAUCUUCCCACCUCUGCAAAAGUGCUGCUUAUGGAUGGCUAAAUGCAUUAGGCAUGAGGGCAAGCUCUAUUUCAUUCAUUCUUAUGUUAAGUUGAUUGUGAUAUUUCUGCCACUACUGAGUGUCAUAAGCCUUUAUAUAUUAUGUUUACUGAUUUCCUUGAGAUGGUCUCUUACCUAUUUUCCGUGAGCUCAAAACUCUAAACCGGAAGUUUCCCUUUCAAAUUCUUGCUCACAACUGAGCUGAUCUCUGAUGAACAACUCCGCCCAUUUCCAGAUGGGAGGGGGAAAGAGGUUCUCUGUAAAGCAGUUUGUGUUCCAGCCAGAUUAAUUGUGGGUGAGAAGGAAAAAUGGAUUUUAAGAUAAAUGAGUCUAAUUGUAUUACUGUCAUGUUUUUGCAAAAUCUAUGCAAUAUUUCUGCUAACUGAAUUGAUGUAAACUGAAAGCUACUAAUCAAAUGGUCUAAGGUUCAAAAAUUUUUUUUUUAAUUUGACUCAUCCACCAGCCCUGCUUUGCCUUCACAGCAGGGGCGUAACAAGGCUGGAGUGGGCCCAGAGACAAAAUUUUAAAAUGGGCCCCUCGCUGAUACACACACACUUCACAAUAUAUAGUGCACUCACACUCACAUCCCCAUUAUGCCAGCUUCUCUAGAAAACUCCACUCCCUUGCUUUAAUCCCGUCCCUCCACCCUCCCAUGGGGAAGAGCGCUCCCAGCUCAGAGUUGCUUCUGCAGACAAGGAUUUUGCUGCAUGCAUGCAGCCUUUCCUCCGAACUUGGGGUUGGCUUUUCCACUGCACUGCGGGUGUUGGGGAGUCAUGUGACUUGCCUCUGGGGGGGGCCCUCAAAGCGUGGGGGCCCCCAGGCAGCUGCCUCCCCUUGCCUAAUAGUAGUUACGCCCCUGCUUCACAGCAGCUGAAUCUUAAAAUCCCAGACAUGAGAUUUGAUUAAAGGAAUUUUGUUUUGCCAAUCCUGCAAGUGGCAAGGAGUUCCAAAGCACUGGUUUGCAAUUCACCUUGGAAAUUUCCCAGCUAAAAGGGAUUAGUCUGGGGCAGUAGAUGGCUGACUCCCUCACACAUGACCAAAUAUCAUGUGACUUUGGUGGGGAUCCUGGGGUUUCCAUGGCUACUACUUUGUUCUUAAUCCAGCUAACUUACUUCCUUUUGAGCCUACAGAAGACCAAGAACAUGAUUGCUUGCAAGCUGUGGACUGCAUCUAUGCCAAGCCAUCCUGAUCAUAAAGAUCAACCUCUCCAAAAUGCAAACAUUGAUUUGUACACAGAUGGAGGCAGCUUCAUGUAAGAUGGACAGCGUAAGCUGGCUAUGGAGAAGUGACUGACCAUGCUCUUUCUCCAGGUAUCUCAGCACAGCUUGCAGAACUCAUCACCUUCAAGGUAAUUUUUACACAACUCAUGGGGCCACUUGGAAAGAAAGAAGAUUUUUAACAGUGGGAAACAAGGAAGUAAAAUAUGGGACACAGAUAUCAGAACUCUAGACUGCUUUUACACUACUAGAAGAGGUUGCAGUCAUCCAUACCAGAGGUCACCAGAGGAAAAUGACCCAGUGACAAAGGGUAAUUGGAUGGCAGAUGCUGCAGCUAAAACCACUGCUCCUUCUAUUUCUGUUUCCAAGCAUCUUUGAUUCCUGUGCUAACUAUCUUGGCACACCCCCCCACAUACACAUAUUCAGAAAAAGGACAUUGACUUUGCACCACAGCAGGGGGGCGCAUUUAGAAGAGGAUGGUUGGUAAAGAACAGCAGAUGGGUGUGGAAUUCUUGCAGAACCAAUCCUUUGGUUUUUCCUAGUCAAUACAAAGACACUUUUAUGCCUCUUGGAUGUACCCUUUUGCAGAACAUGUGGCAACAGCCUGUGUAAUACAAAGGCCUGUAAGUAUGAUUGUCAGCCAGCGUGGUGCCGUGGUUAGAGUGCUGGAAUAGGACCGGGAAAACCCGAGUCCAAAUCCUCAUUCAGCCAAAACACUUGCUGGGCGACACAGAGCCUACAACUCAAAUGAUUUGGCCUGCCUCACAGGGUUGUUGUAAAGAGGAAGAACAGGAUGCAGAAGAGAAUGUGAGAUGCCACAUGAAAACUGGACUUUGUUAGCAGUGACUGUGAUUGACCUGAAAGGCUUUAAUGCCUCCUCUAAACCCCAAACUCACAAUGGAGGUGAAAAAUGUGAAUGCCUUUUUCUUUUUGACUUUAUUGCCUUGCUUUUGCCCAGGAUUGCUGUUUUGUUCUCGUGAUCAGAAACCAGCCUACAACACAAGCCAGCCAGCCUCCAAGAAGCACCGGCUCCCACACACAGCCUCACGCCUGGCCACCAAGCCUCAAAUGAAGACAUCAUCCUCUGUUCUGAUCUUCAGGGAAAGGGGGGCCCAAGGCAAACAGGGAAACAAAAAUAUAAAUUUUGGGGGGGGGGGAAAUUGCCAAAAGACCAAAUUGAAAUUAGCCUCAGGUUUUGUCCAUCCUUUGUAUUAUUUUCCUUGAAAACUUGACUUUUCCUUUUGUGCUAACAGUUGGCACCCAGAGACUUAGUCUCAGGAUGCUGUCCCUACAUGGGGGGGAGGGAAUUGGCAACUCACUUGCCUGUCUUUCUCUCAAGUAAACAGGUUUGCAACCAACAGUGCCUUGAAUUGUCUUGCCAAAGAAGGAUUGGUCCUCCCCAGAUCGAAGGAAUACCUGGAUCCAUCGCCAGAAUGUGAUCCCAAGGGAGUCUCCAUCAACAGUGACCCAGGAAAACUAACCAUCAGCAAUAGACAACAACCAGAGGGCAGUCCCUAUACCCUGUCCUGUGUUCGAGGAAGAAGGCCUAAUGCACAGAAGUUCAUCUUCCUGCUCCUAAGUGCUGUAGGAGAGGAAUAGACAACAAACAAGCAAGCCAAUUUGUUCACUUUUCUCUGGAGUCAUACAUGCAACAGCAUUUCCCUAAGCUGUAAAGCCCUGGAACCAUCCUACCUGGAAAUACGGCAGGACCCCCUGCAUGUGUCCUUUUGCUAUGGAUGAGCAGACGAUUUUAGAGACCAGCAAGACCUUGAAUGUCUUGUACGUUUUCAGCGGGGCCUAUGAACCCUACCUUAUCUACUGGCUCUUUGCUCUGCAAAUGGCAUUUCAGCCGGCGACACCAAGAGGAUUUCUUGGUGGAGUUGAUGCUUCAGGAAAGAGAGAGCUCUCAAGAAGCCACUGCAUUUGACAACGGAUUCCAGAGGCACCAAAGCCUGGCCAAGGAGUUUCUGGCGAGCCCAGUCAUUUUCCUCAGGAAGUGGAUGGGAGAGGACUUUCUGUGCCACGCUUCCCGUCUUCUCACGGCUGACAUUCAGAGGGCCUGGAUUCACUUGCAGCGGGGGGCUCUGCCAGCGGAUAUUCCUGGGCUGAACCAGCUGAAUCCAAGGCCACUUGUGGAUCUCUCUCCUAGGCAUGACUCAGCGGAAGCUGGAAGAAAUUAUUUGGGCUUCAGGGAAAUCUCACUGACUGGAGUGAAAGAUAUCUUAUUGAAGAUAGUGUUACCAGUGCCUUGGGCUGAAACACCCCACGCUUUUGGUGCCCCAAAGGAGAUGGGCUUCCAACAUUUUGACCCUUCUGCUCUGAAGUUAACAGUCUCCGUAUUUUGUGGCCCCGAAAUGCUGCGUUCUAAGACCAACUCUCUCAAGCCGCCUCUUCUGAGGAAAACCCGAGAAAAACCUGCUCCUCAACGCGAGACGCAAUUGACAUACAACUGUAACGGUAAAGGUGCCGAAAAAGAAGCCCGGCCCUUUUUAUCCUGCUGGCAUGAGAGGCUGUCCGUGACUGAAAUAAGGUGCUGGGGUGUGUGUGAGGGGGAGAAAGAUGGCCAAGCCUGUGACAGAAUUGGAGGCAUAAUUCCAUCUAAGACUAUUUCCUGCCCCAACAAGAGUGGAGUGGUUUUCCCAAGACCUGCAGAGCUAAGAUUCCCUGACUCUUGGAUGGCAAAAGAUCGAUGCAUUUCAACCAGCAGCUGCUGAUUUGGGACUGAUCUGGGCUCCCAGGGAGUUCUCUACAUGUGUCUCUCUGAACCCUGGGGAAGUGCCUGACUCAUGGAGCACCCUUUCGGACUGCUUCCCAAAGAACUGGCCAAGACUCAUUCAACAAUCCAGCUGACAGUGUAUGAUGUUGCCAAGGGGAAACGCAGACUGGAUAACAGCCAGCUGGCUCAGGUUGUGUUUCCUACGUUUGUGCUGAUCCACCAGGUUUCUCUGUGCUCCUUGGGUCCCACACAGUCCAGACAACGUCCUGCCAGAUCCCCCAAGGAUAAACCAGCCAUUUGACCUUUAUAUUAGAUUUACUUCGUUACAUCCCUGAUAAUGCAAUGAUAACAAAGGUACCAGGUCAUCUGAGGAGUUCUGGAUCAAACUGUGUGCAUCACUUUGCAGCGUUUCCUGUCCUUGAGAGCUCAUCUCACCAUCCAGAAUUCCAGCACCAAGCAGAGAUCCGUGGAAGCAUUCCCAAAGAGAUGGACAGCAACAGCUGGUUCUGCUGAGCCCGCUGGGAUUCCGAUUCCUGCCCCAGACUACCUGGCUGGAUAUUAUUUCACCGAUGGAGCACAACCCAAUGAUUCGGAGCUAGAGAUCAUUUCCAACUAUCAGAAAGAUGGCAGCCACCCAAGGCUCGUGCGGGACAUGGCCAUGCUAACGAGCAAGUUAAUGAGCAAGUUAAGUUAACGAGCAAGGAACCUUGUGGAGGUAUGGAGGCAGGCGGCCAGUUGACCAAAUCCUCGUCCAUGUGCCCUUUGGUUUGAUCACUGAGGGCCAGAUGGGACAAGGUGCUGGGACAUUGGUGGUCAGAUCUCCUACACUAAGUUGGGACGUCCACUAGCUAUAAGUUGGGAAGUCCCUGGUUCAAAUCUCGCCUCUUCUGCGGACUCGCCGUGUGGCCGUAGGCAGCCCCUUCUCUUAGCCUUCCUGCCCUCCCACAACCUACAGUGUGGGGGUAUGAAUGUUGACCUGCCUUAUGGGAUUGUUGUAGAUCAGUGGCAGUGGCAGCUUGUCUUAUGGGAGUGCCCAUGAAUUGCCUCCUUUGCUAAGCAGGAUCUACCCUAGAGUGCAUUUGGACGAGCGACUGUGUCAAUGCGAUAAGAUAUUCCCCUUUGGGGAUGGGGCCUUGGCUCAGUGGGAGAACCUCGGUGGUACAUGCAGAAGGUCCCAGGUUCACACCCUGGCAGCAUCUCCAGGUAGGACUAGGGGUGGGGACUCCUGUCUGAAAGCUAGGAGAGCCACUGGCAGCCAGUGCAGACAAUACUGAACUAGAUGGACCAAGGGCCUGACUCAGUAGGCAGCAGCUUCCUAUUUUUCUAUGGCAACAGCAUGCGGGGGAUGGGCCCGUAGCUCAGUGGGAGAACACCUACUUUGCUUGGAGAAGGUCCCAGGUUCACACCCUGGCAGUGCCUCCAGGUAGAGCUGGGAGAGAGAGACUCCUGCCUGCCACCUUGCGGAGUCUCUGCCACUCAGGGUAGGACCAGGCCUGCUCAACUGUUGCCCCCCCGCCAGCUGUUUUUGGACUUCAACUCCCAUAAUCCCCAGCCACAGUGGCCAAUAUCCAGGGAUUAUGGGAAUUGCAGGAUUAUGGGAACUGUAGGAUUAUGGGAAUUGCAUUAUGGGAAUUGUAGGCUUAUGCGAAUUGUAGGAUUAUGGGCAUCUGCAGGAGGGCCAAAGUUGAGCAGCCUUGGAAAAGACAGUCCUUACCUAGAUGGACCAGGGAUCUGACCUGGUAGGAGGCAGCUUCCUCUGUUCCUAACCAGUGUGAAGUACUUGGGAUACGUCAGAGCACUAAAUGAGUGCUAAGUGUUGGUCGUCAUCGCGUGGAUGUACCUGAACAGCCCUAGCACAUGGAAACCCAUUAGAUCCUUGCUUUUUUUUUUCUCAGUGUCACUACAUGGUGCUCCUCUCACCACAGUCCAUAUGAUUUUCUGAAGGUUUCUGUUUUUUGCCUUGCGCAGAUCUGCCCGAGCAGCUGGGAGCUUGGUGUGCAGCCCAGUUAGAUGAAAGAAGACACUUGCCCCCAGCGGCCCCUCCAAAGUGCACUGACAUCCAACGCGCGGUCCACUAUCGUCAGGAAGCUGGAAUCCGCAUCCGCAUUGAACAGGCGUUUGGGCUUAGAGCUUAUGUUUAUUACGUGAAUGCUCUGGCCAGAAUCUAGAAGGGAGCUACAAGCCUGCAGUCGCCCGAGCUGCCUCAGCGCUGGGGAGGAGAUGAUAAAUUCCUAACGCAGCAUCUUGAUUUUUCAAGCCUGCAGCGCUCCCCAAGGUGGACCGAUCCAUCUGUGAUUUUGCAUCCCUAUCCCAACAAUCACAGUGUUCUGCUCAUCCAGAUAUACGGCCUGGAUGCUAUUUAUAUCCCAGAUCCGAGUGGGGAGAAACCAGGAGAAAUAGCCCCAUGUGCUGGCCAGGCCUUAGAGCUCAACACCCAGUGCCAGCUGGGAUGGACAGCAGUUCCCCUCUUUGACAGAGGAUGCGUGAGCGCUGGAGUCCAUGGCACCCUGUUGUUUCAGGGGGCACCAAGUGCUGUGAAUACUGCAGGAAGCUUUUUUUCCUUCCCCCAGAUCCAGGAGGGAAAGAGAAUGGAAUCAGAUGCACUUUUGAGAUUGGCCUCUGUUUAGCAGGGCAGGCGGCAGUCGGGGAGGAUUUGGGACUCUCGGUAAAAGAGGUUCACCCUCCUGGCCCAGGGUAGCCAUCCUGGAGCUCCCCAGCUGCUGCUGGACUGCCAUCAUCCCCAGCUGCAGCUGAGGAUGAUGGGAGCUGUAGUCCGACAGCUGGAGACCACCUCUCUCCUAGCCCAAGCGUUUUAAUCGAGAGCUCCUUGGGGGAAGAGGAGGCCACACGGUCAAAAACUGGGCAGCGCAUGCAGCCUUUCAAGCCACUUUGGGAGCUGGAUGCCCUCCCGAUUUUCGAUCGUGUGGGAGAAGACGGGCAGGCAGGUGGGGGAGUGAUUGUGUGGCAGAGAGGAGCUGGCGAGGCCUCCUCGUUGUGUGCCAGGGGCUUCUGUUUCUCUGCCUUGGCAACGGACCAGCGUCCCUCUUGUUAGACUCCGGUCCCACCCAUGUGUGUGCUCUCCUCUCUGCCCCGCUUGGCUCCGGUGCACCCCGGAGCUGGCAGGGCCCAUGGCAUUCUCUUUUGUCUUCCUUUCCGUGAUGGCAUUUGCAGGAUCCCUAUGUCAAGCUGCGGAAUGCUCCUUUCCACGGCUGGCUUGUUUUUCUCCCUCGCCUUUUGCACAUGACCUCCCGGCAAUCGUUGGCACCAACAGUUAUUGUGACUGCAUCUCUGCCGUUUUCAUUUUGUUUUUGAAUGUCCCUGGAUUCGUGUUAGCCUUUUUUCUUAUUUUUACACACACACAGAGAGGUUUGUUUUAUACUAGCAAAAUGCCCACCCUUGUGAUAAGUGAGAUUUCUGUGGCAGGGGGCCAUUUGCAGGGAUUGCUGGAGAGGGGGCAGUACAGCUCUGUGCCCCUCACAGGGCCUCUUGUCCAUACUGGCCAGUUGGGCCACCUCUUGCCUGUGCUAAAGGGCGGAUGUAGAUCUCAUCAUAGCACUUGACUGGUGGAGAGCCCGGCCUCGCGGUAGCGAGCACGAACUCUCCCCUUUACUAAGCAGGGCCUGCCUUGGUUUGCAUUUGGAUGGGUGACUCCCAGUGUAAGCAAGUAAGUUAGAACUGGUCAUAACAUAACACGACCUAGCAUAACAUGAAACGCAACAUCAAAGAGAAGAAAGGACUCCGCAUACCAUAGAAUUACUUCAACCGUCUACUUAAACUACAGCCAGUGCUCCAAUUUAGGACAGUGGAUGACAGCUCUGGAUAUCUUUCUGAUUUUAAAAGACGGUAAAGCCAAAGUAGCUACUUGGCAAAGGACAUAUGGAAACGCAUCGGCAAGAAGAUAAGUCAAACAUUCCACAUCAGAACCCUUCAAUUCCUCUGUAAUCUAUCCCAGCAUUUCCCCCCUAAUCACAUCAUACAUGGGACAGAAAAGGCCAAGGAUCAAGAGGCAUCAUUGCCGAUGCACGCUGGAUAAUUGAGAAAGCCAAUGAAUACCAAAAAGAAAUCCAUAUGUGCUUCAUUGACCAGAAAAGCCUCCGAUUGCGUCAACCAUGUCACGUCGUGGAAUAUCCUUAGGAAAAUGGGCGUCCCAGAACAUCUCAUUGUUCUCAUGAGAAACCUAUACACAGGACAGGAAGACCACAGUCCAGACGGAACAUGGUGAAACAGACUGGUUCCAGAUCAGCAAAGGAGUAAGGCAAGGCUGUUGUAUACACCUUCAUUCAAUGUAUAUGCUGAACAUAUACUGAGAGAAGCAGGAUUGGAAGAAGAUGAGUGUGGUUUUAAAGUUGGAGGAAGAAACAUCAAUAACCUGCGCUGUGCUGAUGACACCACUUUGACAGCUGGGAAUGUGGAUGAUCUGCAAGCUCUAGUAAUGAAAGUCAAGGAGAACAGUGAAAAAAUGGGACUACGACUAAAUGUAAAGAAGACUAAACUAAUGACAACAGGUGCAGGAACCAGCCUCAGAAUUGAUAAUGAAGACACUGAAGUGGUGGGUAGCUUCUGCCUUUUAGGAUCGACCAUCAACAGUAAAGGAUCCAGCAAUCAAGAAAUAUGCCAUAGACUAGCACUUGGUAGGGUUGCAAUGAAGGCCUUGGAAAGGAUACUUAGAUGCUGUGACGUGUUCAUGCCUACAAAGAUUAGAAUCAUUCGGACAAUGGUUUUCCCCUGACAUUCUAUGGAUGUGGAAGCUGGAUUUUAAAGAAGCAAGAUAGAAAAAGCAUUGAUUCUUUUGAACUUUGGUACUGGAGAAGGCUUUUGAGGAUACAAUCGACAGCCAGGAAAACAAACCAAUGGAUCACAGUACAAAUCAAUCCAGAAUUUUUACUCAAGGCACAAACGACUAGGCUCAAACUAUCAUACUUCGGACACAUUAUGCAACGAUCCAGCUCCCUGGAGAAGUCCAUAAUGCUGGGGAAAGUUGAAGGAAAGAGAAGACAAGCAGCAGCCAGGUGGACGGACUCGAUGACGACUGCCAUGAAUGCACCACUGAGAGAUCUUAAAGACCAAGUGGAAGACAAAUCAUCCUGGAGAGAAUCUAUCUAUGUGGUUGUUAAGAGUCGACACUGACUUGACAGCACUUUAUCAAUCAAUCAGUUAAUAAUAUCUGGGAAUCCCUGAUAGAGGAAACACUGGUCCUAGGUUCACUCAAUAAUUCUUCUUCUUCUUCUUCUUCUUCUUCUUCUUCUUCUUCUUCUUCUUCUUCUUCUUCUUCUUCUUCAUCAUCAUCAUCAUCAUCUCCAGGCAGGGCUGGGAGAGACUCCUGCCUGAAAACUUGGAGAGCCACUGCCAGUCAGUGUAGCCAAUAUUGAGCUAGACGGGCCAGUGGUCUGACUCAUUAUGACAGUGUCCUGUAAGCCCUAUAAGCUGUGGCUAAAAUAUAAGAAUGUCUCUCUAAAGUGAGGGGUCUUCAGCAGUUUCUUUUCAAAGUGAUAAUCAUGGAGAGAGCUUGGAUGGCACUGAUCUAUGCAGCACUCAUACCCAGCACUUUACCAAGGGCAGAGGAAUUGCCGUCCGACCCAGCUCCUCUCUCCCAGAGGAUCCCUUCCUCCCCCUCUGACCUUGUGUGAGGAAAGGGCUAUGCCUAGGAAGAGCCAUAACCUACCUCGGUAAAAGGCAGCUACCUGAUGGUCCAUCUCCCUCAGUAUCGUCUACUCCAGGCCUCAGAAGUGCACCUAGGUAAUUUUGGAGCCUGGACCUAAAAGCCUUUGGAGCCUGCCCCCCCCCCAAUUAAGCAUCAUCAUGCUCGGCCUGGCGACCACAACACCCAGGGCAGACUAAAGAGGAUUUGUGGGGCCCCAGGGGCUGUGGAGGCCCUGGAUUUCAGCCCCAAAGUCCAGGGGUAAAAGCGCCUCUGCCAGGCCUGCUCAACUUUGGCCCCCCAGCUGUUUUUGGACUACAACUCCCAUCAUCCCCAGCCACAGUGGCCAAUAGCCAGAGAUUGAUUGAUUGGUCAUUCAUUCAUUCAUUCAUUCAUUUAUUUCAUUUAUAAACUGCCCCAUCCAAAGUGUCUGGGCGGUGCACAACAGGUAAAAAUACUACAACAAAUAGCAUUUAAAACAAACAGGUUAAAACAAUAUAAAAGCAAAUCUAAAAACCAUUCAGAGCCAUUUAAAACCGUUUAAAAUUUCUUAAAAGCCAUUUAAAAAACUUUGGAAGGCCAGGCCAAACAAGUAAGUCAUUAGGGCUCUCCUGAAGGCCAACAAUGGAUUCAGAUUAUGGAUUUCUUCCAGGAGUGCAUUCCACAGACCAGGAGCAGCUACAGAGGAGUCCCAGUUCCGAGUCUCCACCAGACGUGCCGGUGAUAACUGGAGACGGAUCUCUCCAAAUUAUGGGAGUUGUAGGCCAGCUUCUGUAGGAGGGCUGAAGUUGAGCAGUCCUGGUCUACAUAGACUGGCAGCGGCUUCUCCAAGGUGGCAGGCAGGAAUCUCUCUCAGGCCUAUCUUGGAGAUGCUGCCAGGGAGGGAACUUGGAACCUCAGAUGCUCUUCCCAGAGUGACUCCACCCCCUAAGGGGAAUAUCUUGCAUAGCUCAUAUGUAGCCACCCAUCCAAAUGCAAAUCACGGUGGACCCUGCUUAGCAAAGGGGACAACUCAUGCUUGCUACCACAAGGACAUACAGAGAGGUGAUUUGGGAAUGAGCCUGGUUAUCGAAGUGGCAGCCCUUGGAUCAUCACCCUGACAAGAGAAGUUUGGGUUUUUUUUACUUAGUAUUUUGAACUUGCCUCUUGGAGGAAUGAUACUUUCAGUGUUGUGUCUUUGAAAGGAAUUCCUGCAGGCCAUCAUUUCCUGGCCUGUGAGAGAUGUUAUGGCUGAGGGCUUGCAGAAGAAGAGGCUCAAGUUUCUGGAGACACACGGCAGCGUGGCCGUCAAGGUGUGGGAUGGACAUUACUUGGACGACAAACGUCUUGAGUUGCCUGUUCUCAAUGAUCUCCUAACAAUCGACAAAACAAGGAAAUUUUUGGCCACUCAAGCUAGCCAGAAGGCAAGGAGCUAUCACAGCUGGUUCUGAAGACCCUGGAUAAAAAACUAAGAAAACUGGGAUGCAGCAGCCCGGAAUAUAAGAAACAAGAACGUUUUUACAAGCAAGUCAUGGGGGACGCUUUUUACGAUAUUGUGGUCAGUACCCCACAAGAUGGCAGAAACAGAGAGCAGAACUGUAAAUUGAUUCAAGAGGCGGAAUCUGGAGAAAUUACAGGCGCUGUAGAGAUCUCAGACAUGCACUAGAGCAGAGCUUGACGAAUCCCAGGUGCCAGGGAGCCCUGGAGCCUAGAAACUGAAUUGUGGGGUCUAGACAAGGAUAUUCAAAGGCAGAGUUGCUGAAUAAAAUCUUUAUUUGUCCCAGGCAGCCCUGUUUCUGUUCUUAGAAUGUGACUUGUAAAGUGGGUUUUAAAAAAGCCCAUUUGCCUUCUCUUUCCACUGGCUAAAUCCAGUCAUCAAGGUCUGGCUCUCAGAUUUUGGGGCUAGCUCCUAGAUCCAAGGGAAAUUGGCCAAGGUUUGUGCUAAAGUGCUGGGCCUAUCAGUUGAUCCCGAAGUCCUUGGCAAGACUGUCACACCCAGGUCUUUGGGGACCCAACGGGUAACACUGUGACACUUAAACCAGCUUUGCUGACCUCGGGCUGUAAUAAAGACAUUCUGAUUCUGACACUUAAACCAGUUAAAGUGUGAACUCCUUUUAGGAUGUGUGCACACUAUAAAUGUAGAUCUGUUCUUUUGUUGGUUCAGUGGUCAUGCCUUCAUCCUAGUGAUGUGCGUUUUCUGGGAAAUGAUGAAUGGGACGAUUCCCAAUUUGACUGGAAUCUGUUUUAGCUAUCUUCAGUUAACCUAUAUGUUUGCUCUGUUGAUUUUAUUUGUUAUAAUUUAAUGCUGUGUUUGUAUAAAAUGUCUCAAAUGGGAGCCCGUGGGAGCUUUUUUUCUUGGAGAUAUAACAGCUGAGACAGGGGCCAUUCCAGAUUUGGAGCCCAGCAAGGGGGGAAAUUAAAGACUCCACCCCCCACACUGUGGACCCAAUCCUGAUCAGGCCUCCCCAUUACUGUUGUAUAAGAUGGAAAAGGAUACACAGACAGGGCCAAACUGUGCAUUUAAACUGUGAUAUAAACAGUUAGUCAGUCUUUAGUACGGUCUUUGACCAAUAACACAACUUCUAAAACAAUAUAAAAUUUUAAACAUAGUCAUAUUAAUAACAUAAUUGUACAUUGGAACUAAUCAUUAGUGAGCAGAGUACGACGAACUUGUAUUGCAGAACAAUGGAACUUUGCAACUGUGUGAGUGACAGACAAAUCCACAUCUAUAAGCAAAUAUUUGAUGUGGAAUUUGUCCAAUCGACCUGGCAGAUUAUAUGAAAGGGGGUCAACUAACCUUUGCCUAGGGUCAACAUAAAAGACACAAAAGAGCCCAUGGUCAACUGACUCAAUCUCAUCAGAGUUACAGGGGCAACAUCUCUGUUCAGUUGGAAUUCUACUGUAUCUACCAGCCAAAAAUUCCAAAGGGCGGGCAUUCAUACGGGCCCUUGAAAAGGCCCAUCUAUGUUUGAGGAAAGUAAGAAGGAAUAGAUAAUCUGCUGGGCGAGUUCUCUUCCCACCGUUGAGCAGGUAGAAUGACCUAGAUGUCCUCCACAGGUCUCUCUCCACAGGUCUCUCUGAAACUCAGUAUCCCAGAUCCUUCGUUUAAUAAGUUCUUUGGCCCUGUCCAAACCCACAGAGAGGAUUGCCUCAGCUGAAAGACCAUAGGCAUGGUGUUUCCUGACACGGUUCUCCCGCCAGCUCGAGCAAUGCCAAUCCAAGAGUAACAAGGGAAGGAGAUGAGAAGGCAAUCAGUUGAUUCUAGCCCAGUUUAUUAGUAUUAGAUACCAAGCUCUGGCUUCCCUCAAGGUAACCCCCCCUUUCCAGUCUCAGAGUGGCAUGAGAGCCAUUGUGGUAUAGAGGUGAGAGUGCAGGACUAGGACCGGGGAGACCCGAGGGCCAAGGUUGUGCAGCUCUGAAUUAACGAAACAUGUAGUUUAGCCUGGGGUUGAGCCUUCAAGACACUUCCGUCAGUUCAUCUAACUAAAUGACUGUAAUAUCCAUUACUUUACAGGAAACAGCCCUCUUGAAUGCAGGAUAUGGCCCAUUAUGAGAUAUUGUCUUGCAGGCUGUCUUAAAGGGAAGGUGGAUGUUGGCAACCAUACACAUUUUGUAGACUUUUGCUACAGCAAAAUGCAUUCUGUCUGUGUGUGUGUAGAAUAUUUUUCUGUGUAUUUUUUUUAAAAUGUGCGUUAACGGAACAGUAAAGCUCUCCAGCCCCCAAAGCAAUCUUUUCUGCAUAGUUUUCCUACUUGAAAUAAACAGCCUUUAUUUGCUAA